AUGCUGGGCGUCUCCACCGGCCAGCUUUUGGUCAUCCUCGGGGCCUGCUCCGUGAUGAUGAAGCCCAGUGACAUGAUCAAGAUGGCAAGGGUGGCAGGGAGGAUGACCGGGAGAGCGGUCGGUCGCCUCAUGCUCUAUCGCCGGCAGAUGGACGACAUCUUCGAGCAGACUGCAGCGAAGAAGAUUAAUACGGAGCUUCAAGAUGCCAUGUCAAAGUUACAAUCAAUUGGUUAUGAAGUUCAGAACUUGUCUAGAAUAACUCCUGGCCAGUUUAUCAAAAGGCAGCACAACACCGAGGGCAUGACUGAAGCAGGAACAUAUGAUGGUUCUGCAACUCAGAAACUUACGGAUCCAUGGAUUCGGCGGCGAUUUCUCUCUGGAUUGAGUGGUUGGCUCCACAAGCUGGUAAAAUCCCACCCAAUUUCCCACCCUUUUGGCAGCAGUGAAGAUCGGCAGUUCAGGUGGCAUUGUGGGAGCAGUGAUUUCAUUCGGGUACAAGGAGAAUUUCGUGAUGAUAUUCGCAGUAUAAUUCGUGAUGAAAUUGAGAGCUUUUGUAGAAAAAAUCCUGAUCAAUUUACCAGGAGGUUAAAUAAUCCUGACGGAAUUCAGAACUCUGAACAAACAGCUGAAGCUACAAAAUUCGAUGUAACUAAUAAAUAUGCAAUGACAUCUAAGGACAUGGAAUCAGCGAAUACAAGCUCUACAAAUCUGCACAGCCAAGCAAUGAUGUAUGCCAAGCUAAGUGUAUCCGAAGGAAUUAAGAUGAGUUCUUCCAUGAGUGUGAGUAAUGGAGAACAAUUCAAAGAGAGCAAUGGACUGCUAAAUGUACUCCCAAUAUCAGCUGAAACUGCUGGAUUGCUUCCAAAACACACAGGUGAGCCUAAAGGUUCAGAUAUACUCCUGGAGGCUGUGCUUGAAGCAGAGGUUGCAGAGAACGCUAAAUUUUUCGUCUCACAGCCUCAUGAUCAGUUGCCCAAGGAGUAA